CAUAUGGUUGAUAUCUUCUGCAGAACAGCCAGCUGACAACAACAAAGCUGACGCGACAUUACCGGAUUGAAAAAAAGGAGAAAAACAAUAAGGAUUACAACAGAACUGAAUUCGACGUUUGUCGCGGAAUUCUACAAAAUUGGUCGAAGAAACAGGUUAUUAUAGUCUUGACGACGUAACUCAGAAGAUUACAGCUGCAAGGUUGGUCUCUGCUAACGACAGCACAAUGGGUCGGAUCUUCCUAGACCACAUCGGCGGUACCCGACUCUUCUCCUGCGCCAACUGUGACACCAUCCUGACCAACCGUUCGGAGCUCAUCUCCACGCGCUUCACCGGCGCCACGGGCCGAGCGUUCCUGUUCAACAAGGUGGUGAACCUGCAAUACAGCGAGGUGCAGGACCGCGUCAUGUUGACCGGCAGACACAUGGUGCGGGACGUCAGCUGCAAGAACUGCAACAGCAAACUGGGCUGGAUAUACGAGUUCGCCACCGAGGACAGUCAGCGCUACAAGGAAGGCCGCGUCAUCCUCGAGCGGGCGCUAGUAAGGGAGAGCGAGGGCUUCGAGGAGCACGUGCCCUCUGAUAACUCCUGAGUCCUCGUCAAACGUUCUCCCUUUCCUCGUACACCGAAUGUCUGUCCCGAAACCCCCAAUGUUCCCUACACGGUUUCCGACUAUAGGCAACCACCUGUGUAUACGCUUCCCACCAGCAACAACUGUGUAGCGCUAGAUGAGCCUGCUAUUUAGUCUGCCCCUCACACACACAGACACACAUAGUACACAAAACAUUUGAGAACACACUUGCUCCCAGGUUAUACCGUCUGGGCGUUACGGACACGCCUUGGAGUGAGGUCCAGACUGGCUGCCUGAUGAGUUGGGGUUGUUGUGUGGUGUUCUUUACUGACCUUGAGCAGAGAGAAACGGCAUGUCGACAGACGCAAAUGCCUCGUUGUCAAGGGGUUACAGCUACAUACGAUAAGACUACGCGCUCUGUUGCAUGGCAGUAGGCUUGGAGGGGGCGGGGUUCCACCAUUAAAAAAAUAAAUAAAAAAAGGCAACCAGAGGGUUUGUGCGAUUACUUCCUGUAUUGUGAAGCUUGUGAUCAGGUAUGUUUGAGUUGAUAGACAUUUUAAGUUGUAUAUUUUCCUUUUACUAAAAAAUAAGUUUGGAAGUGUUUUUGAGUAAAUAUGUUUCUGAAUGUUGUCAUUAAAUUUGGCUUCCAUUUGCUUUUAUUGAGAUGUAUUCUAUUUUUGAGUUGUAUUUGAUUGGUAGUGAUGAUUCUACUUUUUUCAGUGUUGGAGCAUAAAUGUGAAGAUUCAUUACAUUAAUUCUGUGGCAAAAAAAAAGUUGUACAAACAGAAUCACCUGAAUUCAUCUAAUAGUAGCUCUUUAGUUAGAAAGAUUCCAUUUGCAAAAGAAUCGGACGAAUGAAUACACCCCUGAUGUCAGCUUUCACUUUUAUCCCGGUGAUAAAUGCAUGUUUGUGUACAACAUCUCUAACAGCUUGACUGUUAUGGAAACAGGAUCAGACCAAUGACUGGUAUUAUGUCCUGGAUUAGUAUUUGUCAGUGUUGUAUCUUUUCUUUUGAGGUGAGUAGUCUUGGAUGCCAUCCUUUUAAUGCUUUUUCAUCACUUAGCUUUAGAAACGAAACAAAGCUGCGAGAGCCUGAAAAUCAAAGCGUGGGGUUGCGUGAAUGCUUUUUUCUGCUUUGGUUGAUGGAUUAUAAAAUAAAUGGAUCAUAUGACUCUA